AUGAAAGUGAAAUAUACAAACUUAGUUCAGCCUUUUGCCAUUUUAGCGCUAGUGUCAUGUAUAUCUUAUAUACAUGUUUCUUUCAUUUAUAAACCUACUGGCAUCCGAAAUGUGGCAACACUGUUAAAACAGUUUUAA